CAUUCUUCGGACGGUUACUGUAACCAUAUAAAUGCACAAUGUUCAUGUUUUCGUGUCAGCUCUUGUGGCGAGACGGAAACACCUGGUAAUCGUCUUUGAGAUAAUAUGGUAGUAUCUCGGUGACGAGAUCGGCCGGGCCUGAUGCGGGAGAUCAUCAAGGUCAUGGCGGCCCUGUCUCGCGUUUUCUCCAUGUGGUGAUGCACGAUGCAUGUCCCAAGAAACGGAUCUGAUGGAGGUGGAGAGGUCCGGAAACAGAUUCUUCAACUCGAGAAUGCGGUGGUUUUCUCGAACCCAUUGUUCCCUGUGUCGUUGGCAGGUACAGUACAAGGAGUAGGAGAGCUCGUCAUUUCCGGCCAACCGAUGGCGUUGGCAAUCUGUAGCGUGACAACCAUGGUCGAAAGUUGUGUUAAGAGGGGUAGUCAAGAGGAUGAUUUUUACGUGCAACAUUUUGGCUGCACUAACAGCUCUUGCUCUCUUGCCAAGUACCAGUACCGUACCUUGACUGAACAACAACACCAGACUUGGCUACACUGGCAGCGCAGCGCAGAUUUCAAGAUGCUGGAAUUCUUGCCGGGCUCAACCCAGCCAUCACCAGCACUCUCAUCAUGCAGAACAAUAGCUUGGAACUUGAUACAUGUAGACCACUCCUUUAACCUAGCAAUGCAAUACACUGCAUAUUCCUAAGCAAUGGAUGCUACAGCCCAUUCUCUCCUCGCCCAACAUCCCGAGCUCCAGUUUUAUUUUACUGGCUCAAUACCCUUUAUGUCGUCCCACGCAAAACAACUAGAUCAGUAGUGUGAUAAUGGCUACAUCUCCCUCCUCUUUCCCUAUCCAAAGCUCAUCCGAUAUGAUACAAUACAACUAGACACUAAGGCUGAGCUGGGCCAGGCCGAGAAAGAAUAAGUAAUAAGCCAAAAGUAUAUGGCAAGAAAAGAAAG